AUGUACUAUCCGCAAGAGUUGGCAAUACGCCCGCGUGCACGUCCGCCGCUUUACGGCCAAGUCAAGCCAACGGGCAGUCAACGUAAGUUGUUAAGGCUACUAUUGCCCUAUCUAAAGGAUUACUGUGACUGCUCCUCCGUGCAUGGCAUACGCUACUUAACAGAUAGGAAACUGCAUCGUUAUGAAAGGUUAGUCGCCCAACUAAGACUAGUAAUGUUUGACUUAAGCGUUCUACGCUCUAGAUUCAUGUGGCUGCUCAUACUGCUGACCACCAUCGUUUGCGCCACCUUGGUCUAUGUGGAUCUCACAGAGCUCUAUUACUCUGUGCGCACCCAGACCAUCAUUGAGGACUCUAUGCGACCCACAUUUGUGCUCAGCUUUCCCUCAGUGGCGCUGUGUCCAACCAAUCGCAUCAAUUAUUUUAAAUUGCAGCAGGAGGCGCCUGAACGCUUUUUAGGCGCAAAUGUUAGCGCUGAGCUCAGAGAAGUUUUUAUACGCUUCUUUGUGGGCUUGUCUGCUGCGCACUUUGAUAAGUUGCAAGCGCUCAAUAGUUUUUUUAAGAAUGAAACACUAGCUGCUCGAUUAAGCGAGCUGGAUGGCUUGGAUAUGGAAGCGGUAUUGGAGUUUCUAAUGCUCGACUGUCAAGAUAUCUUUCAAGAGUGUCAGUGGCGCAAUAAGCCGCAAAACUGUUGCGAAAUCUUUGAGCUACAGCGCACUGAGGCAGGCAUUUGCUGGGUAUUCAAUUCGCUAACCAGUCCAGAGAUGAAGAAGAAAUCUGCCGAGGAUAAGUUUUAUCCGCGACGCUCGGCGUUGUCAGGCUCUGGCAGCGGCUUAGACAUUAUGCUGCAGCUAAACAAAAGUUUGAUCUCAACUGGCAUACGCGGCGUAUACUUGAUGGUCAAACAGUCUAGCCAGUGGAGUGAUGCCACACGUCUGCUGCCACGCGACUCUGUAAACAGACUAAGCAUACAGCCGCGUUAUACUAGCGCACACGCCAGAACACGUGGCUUAACCGCUGAAGUCCGCAAAUGCAUCUUUCCUGAUGAAGUGCAUGACUCGCACUACAAGAACUUGCCGGGCUUCGUUUACUGGCGUGGCAAUUGCCGCUCGCGCUGCCAUCAGGAAUACGCUGUGGACUUGUGCAAGUGCUCGCCAUCGCUUUUCUUUCCGCAGAGCCAGCAGGACAACUUUACGCAAUGCAAACCAUCGAACUUUCAGUGCCUAUACGAUCACAGAUUAACAUUUGCUGCGGAGCGCAUACCACUCGAGGCGGAAUAUGUGGACAGCGUAUACCAUGAGACAAUGACCUGCGACUGCUUCAAUAGCUGCGCACAGCUUAUUUUUGAUCAGAUCUAUACCAGCACUGCCUUGGAGUAG